AUGAGCUCUAGGGAACACCAACCAUUGCUGUUGGGGCUUGAGUCACAUUCAAACGUUGCAGAUUUGUCAUCAGAUGCCAUUGAAGAAUUCUUGGAACAUAGGCCUAUUGCCUUGAGAUGGUGGCUUAAAAUUGUUGCUUGGGAGUCAAGGCUCCUAUGGAUCCUUUCUGGUGCUUCUAUUGUUGUUUACCUUUUCAACUAUAUGCUAAGCUUUGCUACUUUGGUUUUUAGUGGACAUUUGGGUUCGCUAGAGCUUGCUGGUGCAUCUAUUGCUAACGUCGGAAUUCAAGGUCUUGCGUAUGGAAUCAUGUUGGGAAUGGCGAGUGCGGUGCAAACUGUGUGUGGACAAGCUUACGGAGCGAAGAAAUAUGCAGCAAUGUGCAUCACAUUGCAAAGAGCGAUCAUUUUACACUUAGGAGCAGCGGUGAUUCUCACGUUUCUCUAUUGGUUCUCAGGCGAUUUUCUGAUACUCAUAGGACAGAGGUUUCUACAAGCUCAGAACAUUGUUAACCCUCUGGCGUAUAUGGCGGUUGGAGUAUUCGUUCUUCACGUGCUUCUUAGCUGGCUAGUUGUUUACGUUUUAGACUAUGGACUUCUUGGGGCGUCUCUUACUCUUAGCUUUUCUUGGUGGGUGCUUGUUUUGAUAAAUGGAUUGUACAUUGUUCUUAGCCCGAAAUGCAAAGAAACUUGGACAGGUUUCACUAUGAGAGCUUUCGUAGGAAUUUGGCCUUACUUCAAGCUAACAGUUGCUUCUGCUGUCAUGUUAUGCUUGGAGAUAUGGUACAGUCAAGGACUAGUACUCAUAUCAGGGCUGCUUUCUAAUCCAACAGUGGCAUUGGAUUCUAUUUCCAUUUGCAUGAAUUACUUGAACUGGGAUAUACAAGUUAUGUUGGGUCUAGGUGCAGCAGCCAGCGUGCGAAUAAGCAAUGAACUAGGAGCGGCUCAUCCAAGAGUAGCAAAAUUUUCUGUCUAUGUAGUGAAUGGAAAUAGCAUCCUCAUUAGCAUAGUUCUUUCCGCGAUUAUUUUGAUAUUCCGGGUUGGUUUGAGCAAGCUUUUCACUUCUGAUGCUGAAGUCAUUGAUGAAGUAUCUGAUUUGACUUCAUUGCUUUGCAUUUCUGUCCUACUAAAUGGCAUUCAACCUAUACUGUCUGGUGUUGCAAUUGGAAGUGGAUGGCAAGCUAUAGUGGCUUAUGUAAACUUGGCUUGUUACUAUGUUAUUGGUCUUACUCUUGGAUGUGUUCUUGGCUUUAAAACUUCAUUAGGAGUAGUUGGAAUCUGGUGGGGAAUGAUCCUUGGAGUUUUUAUACAGACUGUCACACUAAUAAUUCUGACUGCAAGAACAAAUUGGACUGCAGAGGUUGAAAAAGCUGUUGUUCGCGUCAAGAGGUCGGUUGAAGACGAGACCUUGGAUCAACUGGUUGCCAACAUAUAG